CAGCAACAGGACGAGGAGGACGACGCCCGCGAGACCACAGUCGUCGUCAAGCGCUCCAAGACCAACAGCGAGCGCGGCCGCGCCUUCCGCGCGCGCCGCAAGAAGUACGAGGACGACCUGGUGACGAUCGUGAGCUCGCUGCGCCAGGAGGUGGCCGACCUCGGCUUCCUGCGCAGCGUGCGCGCCGACAAGGUGCUGCGCAGCCGCAACAGCAUGGGCGGCUCGCUCGUGCGUCUGGCGCGCGAGUACUUCGCGCUGUUCGAGCGGGGCAUGCCCUCGUCGCUCGAGGCCAAGCAGCAGAGGUUCCUCGAGUGCGCCAUGGACCCGGAGCUGCAGUUCGGCGAGGCCUGCGGCCCGGCGGCGCUGCUAGACCAGUGGAAGCGCUACUCGAGCUACCACGCCAGCAUGCACGUCGAGGUCGUGGGCGUCGAAGUGUCCGGGGAGGAGGACAACCCCAUGGUGACGGUGCGCUCCGACCUGCACGUGGUCUUCUCGCGCGCCACGUUCGACCACGUCUUCCCGCACGUGGCCGACAACGAGGAGCUCGUCCAGAGGUUCAUCGGCCGCGAGGUCGUCUACCACGGCGUGAACCGCUUC